AACAGGUUUUUGGUUUUGUUCAUCUUGUCAAUUCCCCCCUGCCUUGAUUUCAUUGAUUUCUACCUCUAUUUUUAUUAUUUCCUUUUUUGUUCUUCAGAGGACCCAGGGAUUUGCCUAGAAAAAUUAACCAGAGGCAGAGCCAGAUGAGGGGCCAGCCCCUUGGUCUUAGAUCAAGGCUCACUUCCCAUGGCCUGAGGCCUCCUGUCAGGAUCCCAGAACAGCUGGGAGAAUCAGCAGCCACAGCCGGGCCCCAGCCUGGGCACAGACCUGGGAUGUAUCAUACAGAAGCCUCAUGUGUCUAGUCAGAACUGAGACAUGCAAUAAGUGUAAAAUUUACACCCAAUUUCAAAGACCUGGUACAAAAAAAUGCAAAAUAUCUCAACCAUUUUUAUAUUGAUUACAUUGAAAUGGUACUUUUGGGGAUAUGUUGGAUUAAACAAAAUAUGUUGGAUUAAACAAAGUUAAUUGUACCUAUUUCUUAUUUUAAUCUGGAGAGUGGGAAUUUUUGUAUGAAGUAGUAAUAGCACAGGUAGUACAAGAAUACGUCAAGCACGAUGUGUGACUGUUUUGAGACUGACUGAGGUUUGGUAAACACAAUUAGCUUAACCUGUUUUGUUUUGUGGGAAUGGAAACAGGCUCAAAUUAAGGAAGGGGAGCAUGAGUUCAGUUUUUUCUGUUGCAAAUGGCAGAAAAACAAUUCUGACAACAUGUCCAAAAAAGAAAAAGAAAAAGAAAAAAGAGAAAGAAAAAAAAAGUCAUCAGAGGUUUGCUGAGGACUGACCAAUCUGGCCUAGGAAUGGUGAUGGAGAAAGAGGAGAGCCCAGCUUUCAGUAGCAGGAGCUGGCGACUACCUUUCUCUGGCACUUUUUCCUAUUCUCAGCUCUGUGUCUCAGGUCUCCAGAAGAGAGGCUGAUAGGCCCAGGCUUUGUGGGGGAGACAGGAGCCUGUGAUAGGCUAUUACAUGGCAUCAAUGGUGAGAGGUGGGACAAUUUGCUAAGAAACCCGGGUGACCUAGUGCGUUGGGCUGCAGAAGCUGGAUGGGGAUGCUGGGCAGGCAAAAAUGAAAAAUGUCCCUUACAAGGGUCCCACAGCCUGCCAGCGACUCAAUCCUCCUUACUCCCAGGUCAGUGCUCCUCUCCACACAUGCUGAGUCUCAAUAAAUAUUUGAGUGUCACCCACUUCAAUGGUUUCUGCCUCUCCAGACCCUACCUGCCCUGAGGCAGUCUUGGUCCAGUAACUCUGCGCCAGAGGAGAGCUGGGUUAGGGUAGUAAGGGAGGUCAAACUGGGGUGGGGUAUCCAUCCAUGCUCUCUGCUUUGUUUCCAAGGGUCUUCAGGGCUUUGCUCAAGGGCCAGAACCUAGGAGGCCAGGUGGGCAGCUUGGGAACAAAGGGGCCUAAGGAUUUCAUUGUCAGAAACGUAUCCCAACCGUGAACAGGGGCAUGGACCACAAUGACGGGGUCAUCCAAGCUCCAGCUGGCACCGUGGUGCCUCAGGAACUGCUGAAAGAAAUGCUUUGGUUUUUUCGAGUAGAAGAUGCAUCUCCUUGGAAUUAUUCCAUCUUUGCCCUGGUGGGUGUGGUGAUUGUGAUAAGCAUCGUCCUCCUGAGAAAGAGCAUCCAGGCAAACAGAAAUCAAAAGAUACUGAAGAAAAACAAACCGGAAACAACAACUCUGGAAGUCCAAGACUUGGCUGAGGCCGGAGCCAGAGAGGACAACAACCUGAACAUGCUAAGAGAGACUUUGCUCUCAGAAAAGCAAAAUUUGGCCCAGGUGGAAACUGAGUUAAAAGGGAGAAAGGUGCCACUCGUUCUCCUUCCAGACCCACAAGAAUCUGAGAGCUAAGAGGGGUCCAGAGCACUGCCCCAUGUUGUCAGCAGAUUCAGUGAAUGAACUGCAAUCAAAAUAUUGUUAUGAAAAAAAAACCCUCCCUUUUUAUUAAAAUGCAUCUGAAGUGGG